AUGUCGGGUAUCGAGGCCAUCGGGUUAAUAUCCGGUAUAAUCAGCAUAGUCGACACAGCUAUCAAGCUCCACGACGCCCUCAAAAACGCUGACUGUCUUCCACGUGCGUUUCAAGAGGUUGCCUUGCGGCUUCCGGUCGUCAAGGACACUCUUACAACUGUCAAGGGCCACCUGGAAGAAAACGGCGGUGAUGCAGCGACUUUCCAAGCCAUCAUGCCUGUCAUCGAAGGCUGUAGCGAUAAUGCCGAAGCGCUGAAAAACAUCCUUCAGGAAGUCAUGGUGUCCCCUGACCACUCAAGGCUCCAGCGGUACCGUCUUGCCAUACGCAGACUCGGCAAGGGGUCCCAGGUCGAGGAGCUCAUGAAGACGCUCUUGGAGAACGUACAACUGCUGGCAGGAAACCGAGCCAUCAAGGCAGCAACUGAAGCCCAGGUUAGCGAGGUCCUUGAAGCCAUCCAUGCACUGUCAGACGUGCCUCCGUCAGCGCCAGACACCCCCGGCUCCGUGUCGUUCGCUCACUACGGGACGGGCUCCCAGUUCAACAAUGCGGACGGCGGGACUCAAAAUAACAACACAGGCAGUGGAAGGCAAUACAUUGCCCACUCGAUGACUUUUGGGUCGGAUUAA